GCACACGCCCGCCCGUCGCAGGAGGAGAGGACCUCCUGGACCCAACUGUGGUCGGGCGCUAAUGAAGCGCGGGGGAAAGUGCGUGGGCGGAUGAGGAAGUUGAUGGCCACACACCCAUUCCAGUGACUUUUUUUUUCCCAGCAGCAGUGGAGCAUCGUCGGGAUCUCCAUCUACUAGGAAAGGAAAAUAAAAAAAAAAAACUGCUUUUGUCCUGGUGUAGUAAAAAUGUCAAUCAAUCUGGGAGUCAUCUUCUUGUUACUUCUGCUCGUCUACAGUGCUCGCCCGCAAAAACAAACAAACACAAAACAACGACAGAGGCUGUGCACAAUUAAACAGGCUGUGUGUUAUGGAGAAGUCCAAAUCAGAUACCAUACGGUGACGACGAUGAAGAGCUCCAUGAUGUCACUGUCAAUCAAAUGCUGGUGCCCAGGUCGCAUCAAGAGGAUGCCACUCUGAUUCUCAACAAUCUACUUAAGGAUUAUGAUAGGACUCUUCGGCCAGAUAUCGGGGUGAAGCCGACAGUGGUUGAUGUGGGCAUAUAUGUCAACAGCAUUGGACCUGUGUCAUCCAUCGACAUGGAGUACCAGAUCGAUAUCAUCUUCGCACAGACUUGGGUGGACACACGUCUGCGCUAUAACAGCAGCAGCAUGCGGAUUCUCACCCUCAACAGCAAUAUGGUGGGUUUAAUCUGGCUGCCUGACACCAUUUUUAGGAAUUCCAAGACAGCUGACUCUCACUGGAUAACGACUCCCAAUCAGCUACUACGCAUCCGCAACAACGGAAAAAUCCUAUACACGCUGAGGAUGACCAUCAACGCUGAAUGUCAGCUGCAGCUCCAUAAUUUCCCAAUGGACGAGCACUCGUGUCCACUCGUCUUCUCCAGUUAUGGCUACCCUCAAGAUGAAAUUGUGUACAAGUGGAGGCGGAACUCAGUGGAGACGUCGGACCAGAAAUACUGGCGACUCUACCAGUUUGAUUUCAUGGGGCUCCGAAACACAACCGAUGUAUUGACGACAACUGCAGGAGACUAUGUGUUGAUGACGGUGUACUUUGACCUCAGCAGAAGGAUGGGCUACUUCACCAUCCAGACUUACAUCCCCUGUAUUUUGACUGUGGUCCUGUCCUGGGUCUCCUUCUGGAUCAAGAGUGACGCCACGCCGGCGAGGACGGCCUUAGGCAUCACCACCGUGCUGACCAUGACUACGCUGAGUACCGUGGCUCGGAACUCCCUGCCCAGAGUCUCCUAUGUGACAGCAAUGGACCUGUUUGUCACCGUCUGCUUCCUGUUUGUGUUCGCCGCCAUGAUCGAGUACGCCAUGCUCAACUACUGCUCCUAUAUUAUACGUAGACCCCCGGCCAAGAUGCGAAAAAUGGCAUAUGCAUCGUUCAGCACGAGUCACCCACCCCAUCGGCCAAUGAUGCCCACCAGCAACGCUCUCUUCUGGCAGGACUAUGACGAUGACUGCCUGGACCAGUGCCUGGAUGGGAAAGACUGCAAGAGUUUCUUCUGCUGCUACGAGGAAUGUAAAGAAGGCGGUUGGAAGAAAGGGCGCAUCCACGUCAACAUCGGCGAACUAGAUUCAUACUCACGGGUUUUCUUCCCAACGUCUUUCUUGCUUUUCAAUAUUGUUUACUGGGUCAGCUACCUGUAUCUCUAGAUGGAUUCUGAGGAGGAUACUUGCUGCGUAUAGGGAGCAUCGGAGGAGGAGACAUAAACUAGACUGGACCGGCCCUGUUCAUGACUGAGCUGACCACAGACAUCUGAGUGGCACUUCAGUAUUUGGGUCCACAAAGCGACAGAGCACCCAUAGUGCCUUCUUUAGAAAAGGGUGCAAAAGGCCACCGCAGCGUCGUUAUUUUUAUUAGCUCAUCCAUCACGCCGCUGCAUGCCGAGCUUGUUUUAUUCCUUGGUAAAACAAAGCUGGUUCUCACUACAGGAGACGUUCAAACGUUCACCGUGCAUUCCGUGGCACAUUAGAAAUAGUCGCAGAAUUACGAGUAUUGUUACGGGAAGCCAACUCAUGAGCAGACAAUGCUGCAUAAAUACAAAGGGAUCUUUUACCAAACUUGCUGUAUUUUGUAGUAGUUGUAAUACGAGUUUUGCAUCGAAGUCCAUCCACAUGCCCAGUUCAUUAAAGUCGAUAAAUUUUUUUGCCCCUGAUGAAAAAUCACAGACUGUAGGUGCUGUAAAAUAGGUUCGACAUAUUGUGGUACAAAGUAAGAACUGUGAACUGUGCAGAGAGAGAGAGGUGUUGAAAAAUGGAUGAUGCCGGAUGGUCGUGGAGGGAGGCCCUCACACGGCAACUGCGAUGUAAAAUUGAUGCCACGUAUGGAAACAUGGACACGUGGAACCCGAUUUAACUGUUCUGUUGUGUUUUGGCAGUUAUUUGGCACAUAAGCUUCUCAUAGUGCAUUUGGAGAAAGGAUUUGUUUGUCCAAUUAAUGUUUCCUUUUUCAUACAUAUGGAAUGUAUGUUAGAGGUUCCGUUUGUGAGUUUACGAUGUAUUUAUCGGGCCUCAGCACAAGUUUCUGUCCAGAGGUACUUAGUUUGUAAGAGGUGUGACUUUCGGUGUUUGUCUUUUGGCCCACAGACUCUCCCUUCACCUCUGAUAUUUCUACUACACUUUAUAAGUGUCCAAUUACAUCCAGAUACUCUAAUAAAAAACAAUCACUAUUUUCUACGUAUGUUUUAAACCAGUGUUUACAAAGCCACUUUGAAAUCUGAGCACUGACCCAUGGUCAGUGUUGGCGACCUCAUCACCCCUGUUAAAAUACUGGAUGACACGAUAUUUCCGUGGACAGGUAUUCUUCCCACUUUUUAACGUCCCACUUCGUUUCCCCAGAGAUGGUGGGAAAAGAAAAAGCCAAGCUUAUCAUGGACGUGUACUCGCAAAGGAAGUCUUUUAUCUUUUAACAGGAUAAUAGUAUGUUUUCUAGCGUGUGGUACAAUACUUGUAUGAAUAAAUCAUUUUG